AAUGAGAUCGGAGGUGGAGUCAGGAUCUGCCAACCAGAAAGCCGAACCGAUCUCGGCACCGUUACUGGGGCGGGGCGUAUGGUUUCCACACCACUAGGAUCUCUUCAGGGGAUGGCUCUCGAGCCUUCCAAUGCGGGAUGUGGGCGAGCUCUACUUCUUCCAAUGGGUGCUCAGCGCUGGCAAUUCAAACUGACAGCCAGUUGGAAAGGCUGAGAGAGCGGAAGAGCGAGCAAAAGCCGGCGUGCUCGGUGACGGAGACCUCAACGCCGGUUGAGCCCAAACAACGACCUGUGCCCCGCCCACCACCACCACCACCGAGCGCACUGAACCUCUCUGGGAGAGAGCUGAGGGGACGGCGGGGGGCAAACGGCGCGAGAGCCAGUGCGCUGAGGGCCGGGGGCUGCCGGGAGAGAAGUGAAGCGGGGGACUCGCGAGCAAGCCGACCCGAGGAGGGUCCCGGGAGGACUAAGGAGAACCAGGGUUUGUCCCGGUGGGAAAAGCCGAGGGGGUUUCCGAAUCCUGGGGACAGGAGGAAGAUUUCCAAAGAGGAGGCGAAAGGGAGGGAGGCUGAGCCGGCGAUCCCCGGGGAGGAAUCGGAGCGCUCCGAGGGAGGGGCUUCGGAGAGGGGAGUUUUAGAUCAAGGCGCUGUACUGGAGAAAGCUCGGGGAAUCGCUGCAGCGGCCGGAGCCAACGGGCGGAGGAGCCUUUUAAACGCGACAAGGAAACCCGCGGAGAAGGUCCCGAGGCCCCUUGCAGCCUGCCUUCCCCCUUCAUACUCUACUCCCUUCCCCGAAAGUUAGAAAGAAAGCCGAAUUUGCUGCUUCUCCCCUGUUCCUACUCAAUACAUACUACUUUCAGCUUCCCGCGGGAACAUAGAAAAAAAUUAAUUUCUUCCCAGUUUUAAGGCUGAAAAAAGCUCGAGGCCUCGCAAUUUGAUUAGACUGGGGGCAUCAAACUAGGGAAGCUAUUGCUCUAGUUUUCAAAGUCCCACAUUGCAACCUUCCUGGGACGCCAUGUCUACCAGCAACUGUAGUUUCAAGGACCGGUGCGUGUCCAUCCUGUGUUGCAAAUUCUGUAAACAUGUGCUCAGCUCAAGGGGAAUGAAGGCUGUUUUGCUGGCUGAUACUGAAAUAGACCUUUUCUCUACAGACAUCCCUCCUACCAAUGCAGUGGACUUCAUUGGAAGAAGCUAUUUCACUGAAAUCUGCAAAUGCAAACUGAAGGACAUUGCAUGUUUGAAAUGUGGGAACACUGUUGGUUAUCAUGUCAUUGUCCCAUGUUGUUCCUGCCUUCUUUCCUGCAACAAUGGACAUUUCUGGAUGUUUCACAGCCAGUCAGUUUUUGGUAUUAACAGACUAGAUUCUACAGGUGUAAACUUCCUACUCUGGGGCAAUUUGCCAGAGAUAGAAGAGAAUCCAGAUGAAGACUUGUCGGUCACCCCAGUGGAGGAGUGCAUUAGAUGAGUGGAAUUACGACACACAUCAUAUUCAGACUUUUUCCUAUGUAAAAUAUAUACUAAUGGAUCAACUUUAAAAUUAUUAAUGAGGACUUGCCAGUGAUUUCUGUUUUUGAAAAAAAAUGAGACAUUUGUUGAUUUAUUUAUUUGCCAUCUCAUAUUAAUCACCUGAGUUUAAUUUGAGCCAACGUGAUUCUUUUCUUUUUCGCUUCUACUUCUGCUCCUCUCUCCACCCCUCUACCCAGUGUAGGCGUAUUCUUACAUUUCAGAUAGAAGAUUCUUUCACGUGUAACUUAGCUUCCUCCCAACCAGGGAGAGCUUUUCUUAUAACUAGAAGCCAAAUACCAUUAUUUUUACAUUCCCGAAUAGGGGCAUUAGUACCUACACACACAUCAACCAUGCAUAUAACCAUGCAUACAUGACAAAUUCAACGGAAUUAGAGCUUGACCAGGAAUUUUUAAAAGCAGGCUGUUCGGUUUCCAUGGGUACUGGUUAUCCAAUGUUAUAUUGGUGAAAACUACUUGAAUAUGGAGCAAGACUUUGUGAAUCAGCAAAUAGAAUAAAUUAAAUGUGUGGAGAAAUCGUCUUGAUUCCUCAGCAUGACGUCACAUAAAUGAAAUUGUCAGAAAAUUAUCAAUCUGUACUGUUUACCAAUAUUAUAUAUUGACAUUCCUCUGAAGUCAUAUGGACAUUGUAUUAUAAAAGUCAGAUGAAUUAAACCUGUGUCUAAGCUAUCCCAUUCUUUAGGGAUUUCCAUGUAAAUAGCAGAUUUUAGAUGUGAGUAGUCUCAGAUGAACCCUUAUAGAAAAAAAUUAAAGUGGUUUGCUUAAGCCACUGUACAGUAUAAAGAGAGUUGUUUGUUUACGCUGCAUUCAGAGCCACAUAGGAAUAGGAAAUUCAGAUGGUGCUGGAUUCUGGUUGUAUGUACAGCUGAAAUCAAUGUGUUUCCUUAGCUAAUAUCUCAGCUUAGAGGCAUUUUGUCAAUAGUGAUACCA